AUGAAGGUCUCAAGGGGUUUGCUGUUCCUGGCACUGUUCCUGGGUGUGUUGGUGUACCGCGUGGAGCCACGGUGCUCGCCCACUUCUUACUACAAAAACUGCUGGAUUCGACACUUCCCGGGAAUCCUUAUCGACACGGAGGAGUCAGGUCGGAGAGGAGCGAGUCUUGUUAGGAGCUACCAGGAGGAGAGCGCGCUGAGAUGCGGUCGUAGCUGCUGCCUGAGCAGAAAUGUGUCUUGCAAUGUGGCCAUCUUUGACUAUGACGCAACACAAGACAACUGUUUACACCUUCACUGUCCAACCUUGGAGAGCUGCAUCAUCGCACACAGAGACAAGGUGGUCCUCUACAACGUCACUAAGGGUGUGGAUCCUGAUUUGUUGGUGUUCGGGAAGCACCUCACCUCCAAUGUACGCGUGCUCCCGCAUCACUUCAGUCGGGUCAACGCUUCUGAGGUGCAGCCGCCCUCGGACAAGCGGCAAUUCUUUCAUCCGCCGCCUCCUGCCACCGUUAAACAAACAACCAGCAGCAGCACCACCGCCACUGUGAAGAGACCUCCAACAGCAACUACGUCAGGCAUAUUCAGGACCACCUCCAUGGCUUCUCCCAGCGUUACCGUGACAACGCCAUCCAGCAGGACCACCACACCGCCUCCUACUUCCCUCUCCACCGCUAGCAAGCAUCACACCUUCUCCACAUCCACGUUCAAGCCCCAAACGUCAGUCAAAGAGCAAGGAAGCCCGACUCCAGGGGGUGAGGACACCAUGGCAGGGUCAGUAGCAGGGUGGCACAGCCUGCUGGUGGCGCUGUUGAGCUGUGUGGCGGUGCUGCUGCUGCUGGGCUGCUGUUGCUGUGUGCUUGUGAGCUGGAGGAGGCGAGGGAGGGGGAUGAGGGGCUACCGUACGUCAGAGAUAAGCGGGUCCAUGCGUCUGAUCAAGUACAGUGUGGUCAGAGAGAGGUCCUGA